AAUUUUGUGUAUCUAUUACGUAAUUUAUGUGUGAAAUUCUUAUCAACAUAUAAACUAAAUCGCAAUAUUCGCAAUACUUUUUCAACCCCGCCUGCGCCUUUAUUGAUUUAAUAAUAUAAAAUAUAAUAUCCGUAAGAGGUCAGUAAAUGUAGAUAAUUGUAUUGUAUUUUAUAAAUCACCAAUACAGUUCAGACUUCAGAACAGAUAAAAUCUUAAGUAUUACUAAUAUCACAGAAUUACAGUAUCAACGUAGUAGUGUAUUUCAUAGUACUGUGAACUUUAUUCGAGUUAUUUUAAGCAAUUUUUAUUCUUAAUUUCUGUGGUAAUGAAAGUCUGAAGUUCAUAAAUACGAAUAAUAAAAAACUUUCAAUACAUAUGAAUCAAACAAAUAAGAUACAGUAUUGUUAAUUAACAAAAUAUUUUAACCAAACAACUUUAUAAAGAUAUAUAAGUAUAUAACUAUAAAAGAAAUAUAUAAAUAAUAUUGCACAAUUCGACCUAUUCAACCCAUUAAUUAGAAUAGAUAUCAGCUGUAUCCGUAUAAUCAGUAGAAAAGUGUACCUAUAUAAUAUUGUAACAAAAAUUUGUGGAGUGCAGUCAACGUUUUAGCUUUGAUCAAGACAUCAUCUAACUCAUCUCAUACAGCCAAAAUGACGAACGAACAAUUAAUUGGAGUAAUUGAUGUUGAAUCUAAAAUAGUCAAAUUUUCUGUACUCAAUCACAGUGGACAUAUUUUGGUGGAUUCAUCCAGGACUAUCGAACUCAUAAAACCAUACCCUGGUUGGGUUGAAGUAGAUGCUGAAAAUAUUUGGAAUGCGGUAUGUACAACUAUUAAUGAGGUAAUAGUUAAACUAGAAUUAAAAAAUUUAUCUAAAGAUGACAUUAAGAUAAUUGGUAUUAUAAAUGAAAGAGAUACUGUAUUAGCAUGGGAUUCAGAAUCAAGUAAACCACUCUGUAAUGCAAUUCAUUACAAUGAUACUCGUACAGAUACCAUCAUUCGAGACUGUAUAUUAAAUUGUCCAAAAGCACUUGAUGCUAUCGAAGAUGCAACUGGCUCAAAAGUAACGUCAAUGUUCAGUGGAAUUAAAUUAAAAUGGAUAAUUAAUAAUAAAUACAUUAUAAAACAACCUGCUUCUAUGGAAAGUAUUAAAUUUGGAACAUUAGAUACUUGGAUAGUUUGGAAGCUUACUAAUGGUAAUUUAUACGUGACAGACAUUACCAAUGCUUCUCGGACUUUAUUAAUGAAUUUAAAAACUUUGGAGUGGUCUCCAGAUGCUUGUCAAUUUUUUGAUGUUCCAAUUUCAUUAUUGCCAACAAUUAAAAGUUCCUCGGAAUAUUAUGGAACUAUAGAAGAAACACUUUUAAAAGGUAUAUCAAUUGGAUCAAUAUUUGCUGAUCAUCAAGCUGCAUUGUAUGGAUUACAUUUCGAUAAACCUGGUCAAAUAAUGAGUAAUUAUGGUGAUAGUUGUGCAGUGUCUUGUAUAAUAGGAACAGAAUUUAAAAGAUCAAAUAAUGGAUUAAUCACAACUGUAGCAUACAAAAUCGAUAAAGAACCAGCAGUUUAUGCUUUUGAAGGUUGGACAUCAGUUGGUGGAAAAGCAAUAGAAUGGCUGAAGAAUAAUAUGAAAAUUUUAGACAGUGAUGAAGAAAUAGAAUUAUUAAACAUAGAUGCAAGUGAUGUAUAUUUUGUCCCUGCUUUUAAUGGAUUAGCAGCACCACAUUGGAAACCAGACGCCAAGGGUAUAAUAUGUGGUAUGACUCAUUUUACUAACAAAAAACAUAUACUUCGAGCUGCGUUAGAAGCAUUUUGCUUUCAUACCAAAGAUGUAUGUGUUGCAUUUGAAAAGGAUACAAAUAUAGUUCCAUCUCAGUUGUUUGUAGAUGGUCUAUAUUCUAUUUACAAUAACAUAUUAGGUUAUCAAGCUGAUAUUUUAGGAAUAGAUGUAAUAAGCUCAGAAAUGACUGACGACAUGGCUAUAUAUGGCUCAGCUAAAGCGGCAGCAAAAGUAAUAAAUAUUGAACUUGGGAGUCAUGAGUGGUCACUUAAAAUCUCAAAACCAAUGACAACAGAAGAAGAACAAAAAAAUCGGUAUUCAAAAUGGUUAAAAGCUAUAAGACGCAGUACUGGAAUAACAAAACCACAACCAAAUCAAACAAUUGCUGAUAAUAAUAAUUUUAGUACACACUUUUUAUCCACGGCAUACUUAAUGGCUAUGAUGGGUAUGAUGGUUUUUUCUGAUAAGAAUUAAAAUGUUUAUUUAAAAGAAAUAAUAUGUGAUUGUUGAUAUAAAAACAAAUAAAGUUACCUAAAUGUAAACUAUUGUAUUAAAACUAUUAUAAUUUUAUGAAUACUUUAAGUAGAUUAAAAUAGAUUAAAUUUUGUUAAUAUUAUGUACUUAUUUAGCUUAUGAAUUGUUUUAAGAUAUUUUUUAGUAUAUAAAAAAAACAAAGUAUAAACCUAUCGUAGAAAAUUAAGUAAUGUAGAUAAGAAUAUUUAUGUUAAAUGUAGGUGGAAGUACACAAAUUACAUUAAAGUAAAUUAUUUUUUAUUAUUUAUUAGUUGUUAUUUAAAUUUAAAGGCUUAUAAUAAAAAAGUCAAUGUAAUAUUGUAAAAAAAAUUAAUACUAUUAGUUUGUAAAAUGUAUGAUAAAAAAAAAAAAUUGUUAAUUGUAAAUAAUGUAUAAUAUAUGUAAUU